GUACGUCCCGGGUUGAGCUUCUGUCUCUCAUUCAUUGUCCUUCCUUCCCGAGCUUGCAAGUCUUGCAAUUAUCAAUCUUCUCCAUACACUCGGUCAGAACGAAACCCUGUUUCUGAACAGCCAACUGGCAUCACCGAUUGAUACAAAACAAAUCAGUUACCAAGCGCGGCACUAAGACGGUGAAAUGGCCCAGAAGAAACCCAUCCGACAGCAACCCUCAGACACAGCCUCACAAGAAAAAUCCGCCCACCCCGAAAUUUACGCUGAGAACAUGGCAUCUCUCAGACGUUUUCUCGUCGUCAGUCUCGGCAACCCGGGAGAGUAUCGCGAUACUUUUCACUCAGCCGGCCAUCUGGUGCUCGAAUCCUUUCAGAAAAAGCUUCCUGAAGACCUCGGACAGCCGUCUUUCACCUCGGAACGCUAUGGAAAAAAAGCCGUCCGUGCUUCCGCCGGAUCAAAGUACACUCUUUUACAGAGUCCUACGCUCAUGAACAUCACCGGGCCGUGGCUCGCUCGGGCGUACAAAGAUUACCUGGUCGACCAUGGCCUAAGCCCCGAAGAAGUUGGACUGGUGCUGGUCCACGAUGACUUGGAGGAAGAGUUGGGUGUCGUCAAAGUUCGACAGUGGAAGGCUAGCCAUAGAGGCCACAACGGCAUCAAGAGCGUGUUGGCCAGUUUGCCGCCGAUACCCGAUGCUAAAUGGGCGCGCGUAUCAAUAGGCAUUGGUCGGCCGGAUGAUAGGGACAGGACCACUGUGUCCGACUUUGUCCUCAGCAAGAUCCCAAGGCACGCCAAGGGGAUAUUGCAAGAUAAGGGGGGAAGCGGGCUGUGGGAGGCACUCGGCAAGUUGGAGACAAAAUGGAACAAAUGAGGUCGUGAACAGUGGAGAGCAAGUACGAGAGAGCUGGGCCGGUGUUGCGCCAGUGAGUUAAGAUAAACUAUGAUACCCCAUUUUCAACCAUUAUCUUUUCCACUGAUAGAUAAAUGCUGACUUCCGUCAAAUUAAAAGAAUCUGCCGCGUAAUGCACACCGUGAACAAUUU